AUGGCCUCCGUUCAGACUCCGAUUUCCUUGGGUGGUGCUGCAGGCUGUGAGCCAGCAGCACGCCAGGUCAGUGAACGGCUGGGAGAAUUCGUCCAGGAGGAGAUCUUCCGGAAAGAUCCUGGUGUCGACGAGGAAGAACGCGCCGGACCAGCAGGCGCAUCCCAGAAGACCAGUACCAGUGUCGAGGACUCUGUUACUCCUGUGAUGGGUGAUGAGGCAGAGGAGAAACGGCUGCAAGAGCUGUCCUCACUAGCCCGCUCAUUCUCACAGCUGUCGAACCAUGCUCGGUCGUUUCCACAGACUUUAGACCAUUCACAUAUUGUUCGAGACGAGUCGAUGAUGGCUCAGUCAGCCCCCGACGAGUCGAACAAGGCAAAGGAUGGACGAGCCUUUUCACAAAUCUCGAACAUCGCCCGCUCCGAGCUUGCAAAGACUGGCCCUAUGUCAGAUGGAGUCAACACGUUCCUGGACACAGAGCAGGACCCGGAACUGAACCCUCAUGACCCAGACCAUUUCGAUGCACGCAAAUGGGCCAAGAACUUCUUACGGAUGACCACUCGUGAUCCAGACCGCUACCCGCGUCGCACUGCAGGUGUUUCUUUCCGCAACCUGAAUGUCUUUGGUUACGGUACCGCCGCUGAUUACCAGACCAACUUUGGAAAUGCCUGGUUAAAGAUGUUCGCCUGGGUCAAAGGCCAGCUGGGCAUGCGUGAACGGAAGCGCAUCGACAUUCUUCGGGACUUUGAAGGUAUUGUCCAUGAGGGUGAGAUGCUUGUUGUGCUAGGACGUCCUGGCAGUGGAUGCUCUACCUUCUUGCGCACCAUCGCGGGUGAAACCCACGGCCUCUUCCUUGCAGAGGGUUCGGAUAUCGAGUAUGAGGGGAUCUCGUGGGAGAACAUGCACGGUCGUUUCCGUGGGGAAGUGAUUUACCAAGCAGAAACAGAAAUUCACUUCCCUAUGCUCACCGCAGGAGAAACACUUUUGUUUGCCGCCCAGGCCCGCGCGCCGAGCAAUCGACUGCCAGGUGUGACCCGCGCUCAGUACGCCGAGCAUAUGCGGGAUGUGGUCAUGGCCAUGCUCGGAUUGACCCACACUAUGAACACCAAGGUGGGCAACGACUUUAUCCGUGGAGUCUCCGGUGGUGAGCGGAAGCGCGUCAGUAUCGCGGAAACCACGCUUUGUGGAAGCCCCCUGCAGUGCUGGGACAACAGCACCCGCGGUCUGGAUAGUUCAACUGCAUUGGAGUUUGUGAAGAAUCUCCGGCUGUCCACAGAAUACAGUGGAUCCACCGCGGUGGUGGCCAUCUAUCAAGCCAGCCAGUCAAUCUACGACAUCUUUGACAAAGCCAUCGUUCUCUACGAGGGGCGCCAGAUUUACUUUGGUCGAGCAGAUGAUGCCAAACGUUUUUUCAUCGAGAUGGGAUUUUAUUGCCCAGAUCGACAGACGACGGCUGACUUUCUCACCUCAUUGACAAGCCCUUCGGAACGUCGUGUGCGAGACGGCUUCGAGCAUCUGGUGCCUCGCACCCCCGAUGAAUUUGCGUCCCGUUGGAAGAACAGUGCUGAGCGGAAGCUGCUCCUCCAGGAGAUUCAAGAGAGCCGGGAUCGCAACCCCGUCGAUCAACAACGACUAGACACUUUCAACAUUUCACGAGCCGCAGAAAAGGCCAAAGGUACUCGGGCUCAGUCACCAUACACCUUGUCGUAUCCGAUGCAGAUCAAACUCUGCCUCUGGCGUGGAUUUCUCCGCCUGAAGGGCGAUAUGAGUAUGACUUUGGCUUCGGUGAUUGGCAACUCGAUCAUGGGCAUCAUCAUCUCCACCGUCUUUCUCGACCUGUCCCCGACGACCGGAAGCUUCUUCCAGCGCGGUUCCCUGCUCUUCUUUGCAGUGCUCAUGAACGCCUUUGCAAGCUCUCUGGAAAUCCUCACUCUUUGGCAACAGCGACCCAUUGUGGAGAAGCACUUCAAGUAUGCAUUCUACCAUCCUUCCGCGGAGGCUAUCAGCUCCUACAUUGUGGAAUUACCGGCAAAGGUUCUCGUCGCCAUCGCGUUCAACAUCAUCAUUUACUUCAUACCUCAUCUCCGCCGAACAGCCGGCCACUUCUUCAUAUUCUUCCUCUUCUCCUUCACCACCACACUGGUCAUGUCAAAUCUGUUCCGCACCAUCGGCGCGAGCUCCCGGUCCAUGGCCCAGGCCAUGGUUCCUUCAUCGAUCUUCAUGAUGAUCCUGAUCAUUUACACCGGCUUCACAAUUCCGGUCCGAGAUAUGCAUCCUUGGUUCCGAUGGCUUAACUAUCUGAACCCAAUUGCGUAUGCCUUUGAAUCUUUGAUGAUCAACGAAUUCAGCAAUCGUCGUUUCCCAUGUUCUGACUACAUUCCCGGGGGGCCCCUCUACGCGAAUGCUCCCUUGAGCGCAAAAGUCUGCUCGCAGAAGGGUGCCGUUCCUGGACAGGACUACAUCGACGGCGACGCCUACAUCAACACCACCUUCCGCUACUUCCGAUCCCACUUGUGGCGCAAUUUUGGCAUUUUAUGUGGCUUUUUUAUCGCUUUCCUCAUCUCCUACAUUGUCUCUAGCGAGUACAUUCGUGCCCAGCCGAGUAAGGGUGAGAUUCUGGUGUUCCCUCGUGGCAAGAUUCCCGCAUUUGUGAAGAAGGCACACCAUGAAGAAGACCCUGAAGACGCCUCGCAGGGCGAAAAGCAGGAAGUGGCAGGUAAGCCCCAGGACUUGGCCGUGAAGAGUGCGGCACUUGCCAAACAGACAGCCAUCUUCCACUGGGAAAAUGUUGGCUAUGACAUCAAGAUCAAAGGUGGUGAAAGACGCAUCCUCGACGGCGUUGAUGGGUGGGUGAAACCGGGUACUCUGACUGCUUUGAUGGGUGUGACCGGGGCAGGCAAGACGACCUUGCUGGAUGUGCUGGCCGAUCGAGUGACCAUGGGUGUCAUCACUGGUGAUAUGCUGGUCGACGGCCACUCGCGCGAUGGCUCCUUCCAACGCAAGACCGGCUACGUGCAGCAGCAGGAUUUACAUCUGGAGACGAGUACCGUUCGCGAGGCUUUGGUCUUCAGCGCCCUUCUUCGGCAACCGCACAGCACACCGUACGAGGAGAAAAUCGCCUACGUAGAGGAAGUCAUUCGCAUGCUGGAAAUGGAGGCAUACGCCGAGGCUGUCGUGGGUGUUUUGGGCACGGGACUCAACGUCGAGCAACGCAAACGCCUGACGAUUGGUGUGGAGCUUGCGGCCAAGCCGGAUCUCUUGCUCUUCUUUGACGAGCCCACCUCCGGUCUGGACAGCCAAACGGCAUGGUCAAUCUGCAGUCUGAUGCGCAAGUUGGCAGAUCACGGCCAAGCGGUGUUAUGUACCAUCCAUCAGCCGUCAGCCAUGUUGAUGCAACAAUUCGACCGUCUCUUGUUCCUGGCCCGGGGGGGUCGAACCGUGUACUUUGGGGAGCUCGGGACCAACAUGAGCACUUUGAUCCAAUAUUUCGAGAACAAGGGAUCCAUCAAAUGUCCCGAGAACGCAAAUCCCGCGGAAUGGAUGCUCGAAGUGAUUGGCGCGGCACCUGGCUCGCACGCGGAUCGUGACUGGGCCGACGUUUGGAAAGAGAGCCCAGAGCGUGCUCAGGUACGGCAGGAUCUCGCCGACAUGCGAACGGAGCUCUCAAAGAAGCCUGUCCCCGAGGCGACGGCCGGAUAUGGCGAGUUUGCAACGCCUCUCUGGUACCAGUUCCUCAUUUGUAUCCGGCGCAUGUUCCAGCAGUAUUACCGGAGUCCUGGAUAUCUGUAUUCGAAGACGGCUAUGUGUGUCAUUCCGCCGUUGUUCAUCGGUUUCACUUUCUGGCGCAUGCCGAACACUUUGCAGGGUCUCCAGAACCAGAUGUUCGCCAUCUUCAUGCUGCUCGUCAUCUUCCCCAACCUAGUUCAACAGAUGAUGCCGAGCUUUGUCACGCAGCGAUCCCUGUACGAAGUACGUGAGCGACCAUCCAAGGCGUACUCCUGGAAAGCGUUCAUGCUGGCCAGUAUCUUCGUGGAGCUACCCUGGAAUGUCAUCAUGUCGGUACCCGUCUACUUCUCGUGGUACUAUCCGAUUGGCCUCUACCGCAACGCUCCGCCGGGUAAAGUCACAGCUCGCGGCGGCACCAUGUUCCUGUUGAUUCUGGUCUUCCUCAUGUUCACUUCAACCUUUAGUUCGAUGAUGAUCGCGGGAAUUGAACACCCCGAUACCGGUAGUAACGUGGCACAGAUGAUGUUCUCUCUGUGUCUUGUCUUUAACGGUGUCCUCGCGAGUCCUAACGUCUUGCCCCGCUUCUGGAUCUUCAUGUACCGCGUGUCCCCAUUCACCUAUCUGGUCUCCGCGGUACUCUCGACAGGUCUUUCUGGUGGCAAUGCCAAAUGCUCCAGCAUCGAGCUCUUGCGGGUCGAUCCGCCCCAGGGUCAAAGUUGCUCUGACUACUUGGACCAGUACGUCAGGCUGUACCAGGCCGAUCUGAGGAACCCUAAUGCAACGUCAAGCUGCGAGAUCUGUCCGAUUCAGUCGAAUGACACCUUCCUGGCGCAAUUGAGCAUCAAUUUCUCCGAUCACUGGCGAAACAUUGGCCUUCUCUUUGUGUACGUGGGUUUCAACAUUGUCAUGGCCCCCGUACUGUACUGGCUCAUGCGCGUGCCCAAGAAGUGGUCCCGACGGCAUCGAUCGGGGUGA